AUGAGGGUCGUCGGCUGCGCCCGGAACGUCGACAAGAUAGAGGUGAGCGGGUCGAGUCGGAGCGGGGAUGAAUUUCCUCACCUGUUCUCCAGGUAUCCUGAAGGUUACUUUGUGCAGAACAUCUACUUCGACUUCUUCAACUACGCUGGGAUCCAUCGUCCGGUUCUUCUGUACACCACGCCCAGAGUGUACGUGGACGACAUCACCGUGGUUACUGACUUCAGUGACAACAUGGGUUUCGUCAGUUACGUCGUCUCAGUGGGCGGGGCUUCCACGUCCACGGUCAAAGUGACGCUGAUGGAUAAAGAUGGUCAGUGCGUGGCGUCGUCCACGGGGUUGACGGGCGUCCUUAAAGUGGUGGAUGUGAACCUGUGGUGGCCGUACCUGAUCCAGAACCCGGGUUACCUGUACUCCAUGGAGGUCCGAGUGACGGCGUCGGAUGAGAAGUCAACGUACGAGGUUUACACUCUGCCUGUUGGAAUCCGUACGGUCAACGUCACCAAGUCACGUUUCCUUAUCAACAACAAACCAUUUUUUUUCAACGGAGUCAAUAAACAUGAGGACGCAGACAUCCGGGGUAAAGGUCUGGACUGGCCCCUGAUGGUCAAAGACUUCAACCUGCUCAAGUGGUUGGGCGCCAACUCGUUCAGAACCAGCCACUACCCCUACGCCGAGGAGAUCCUGCAGAUGAGUGACCGCCACGGCAUCGUGGUCAUCGACGAGUGUCCGGGGGUCGGAAUCAAAGACAUUCGUAGUUUUGGAAACGCCUCCCUGUCCCAUCACCUGUCCGUCAUGGACGAGCUGGUGCGUCGGGACAAGAACCAUCCCUCCGUGGUCAUGUGGUCGGUGGCCAAUGAGCCGGCGGCGGAGAUGCCUCCAGCAGACUUCUACUUCAAGACUUUAAUCAAACACACCAAAGACCUGGACCAAACCAGACCUGUGACCUUCAUCACCGACAGUAACUACGCCAGAGACAAAGGGGCUCCAUACGUGGAUGUGAUCUGUGUCAACAGUUACUUCUCGUGGUACCAUGACCCCGGUCACCCUGAGGUCAUCCCCAUCCAACUCAACACCCAGUUUGAGAACUGGUAUGGAAAGUACCAGAAGCCCAUCAUCCAGAGCGAGUACGGGGCGGAUGCCGUGGCAGGACUUCACAGCGAUCCACCAGUCAUGUUUACGGAGGAGUACCAGACCGCCGUCCUGAGGCGCUACCACGGCGUCUUCGACCAGAAGAGGAAGGAGUACGUGGUGGGAGAACUCAUCUGGAACUUCGCAGACUUCAUGACGGCUCAAGGAAUCACCCGGGUGGUGGGGAAUAAGAAGGGGAUCUUCACGCGGCAGCGCCAGCCCAAGGCGGCGGCGUUCACCCUGAGGGAGCGCUACUGGAGCCUGGCUAAUCAGACGGGGAUGCUGCCUCCGUGGACCAGGUACCCCUGCUCCCUGUGACCUGGGGUCCGACCUGGACCCCAGGAGGUUCUACUCUAUGGACCAACGAGGACCAGAUGAGGUGGAUUUGGGAUCUGGUCCAGUGCUGAGCUCAUGCCUUUGAUGGGGGUCAUAAAUUCAGGAC